AGGCAGACACCUUCUCCUGAGCGAGUUCAGAAGAGACCAAGUCCACGGGAAAGCGUACUUGAAGAAAGUACGUAAUGGAAAGCCGAAGGCGUGCUUUGGGCCCGCCCGUAAAACGGGGAGGCCGUGUCGCUGGAAGCAAACGCUCACGCGGGACAGACAGCACCUGAGGACAGUUGAGCAGAGCUGCUCCCUUCCAUCCUGGGAAAAUCCUUCCUUCGCCCCACACACAUUCUUCCUGCGUUGUCGUCUGUUCCAACUCCCGCAGUUCCUUCCACCCUUCCUCCCCUACAUUCCUCGCCGACCUCGAUCGGGAGCAGACGCGGCGGCCGGCCAUGGGGUGCUGCGUCUCGUGCGAGAAGGGCGCCGCCGGCGAGAGGAAGGACCCCGCGGAGGCGGAGAAGCAGUCCCAGAUCGCGCCCACCGCCUCGUCCGCAGAGAUGUCAAGAUUAGAGGCCAGCAAGGGGGGCGUACACACUAAGUUCAUCUCCAACCAUGGUCUGGAUUGCACAUCAUUGACCUACGACGAGCUUGAUGUGGCGACCGAGCGGUUCGCGCAAAAGCACUUCCUAGGAAAGGGCGGGUUUGGAGAGGUUUAUAAAGGUGUGCUGGAUGGCAACCAUGUGGCUAUAAAGAUCCUUAAUCCCAAUGGAAUGCAAGGGAACAGGGAGUUCUACACAGAAGUUAUGGUGUUGAGCAGGCUGGAUCACCCAAAUCUUGUCAAGCUUGUUGGCUAUUGCGCUGAAUGGGGUCAGAGGCUUUUGGUUUAUGAAUACAUGCCUUUGGGUUCACUGGAAACUCAUAUCUUUGAUCUUUCCCCUGAUAAGAAGCCUCUUGACUGGAACACAAGGAUGAAGAUACUUGCUGGGGCAGCUCAAGGCCUGCAGCAUUUGCAUGUUAGUACUGACCCUCCCAUCAUAAACCGUGACGUCAAAUGCUCAAACAUUUUGCUUGGAGAGGGAUAUCAUCCAAAGCUGUCCGACUUUGGCUUGGCAAAGCUAGGUCCAACUGGUGACGAUACCCAUGUUUCAACCAGAGUGAUGGGUACACCUGGAUAUUGCGCACCAGAGUACCUUGAGAGCGGUCAUAUUACUCUCAGGUCAGAUAUUUAUAGCUUUGGCGUUGUUAUACUUGAGGUUAUCACAGGAAGAAGGGCUUUAGAUCAGAGGCGGGGUAAAGCUGAGCGUAAUCUUGCUGAAUGGGCCACCCCUUUGAUCAACAAAAAGGAAUAUUCGAUAUUGGCGGACCCAGCGCUCUCCGGUCAGUACAGCGAGACAUCACUGGUCCAGGCCCUUGCUGUUGCUCAAUUGUGUGUCCGAAAAACAGCCAGCCAGAGACCACUGAUUACAGACGUAACUGCUGCUCUCACUUACAUCUCCUCACGGCGGCGGUCUGUAAGCUCAAGGAGAUCAUUCCGCAUGCAGCCAGCAUCUCCAGUUCACCAACUGGGGAAAUGAUAGCAGGAGCAUAUCACAAGGAGUCCAGUGCAUAUCAAAAGUGUGUUUCUGGCAGGCUUGCCUUUGCUCGAUGGGAGAAUUUUGUUUGUAAAUACUAAAUAGGCUCAUUUUCUUGUCAUGUGUUGUCUAUGAGACAUGCUUCGUAGUAUUUCAAGAUGCUUCCAUGAUGUACACAUGAAUCUUUGUGGAACUUUGCUUUCUCUUCUUCUUUGGAUGUUGCUGCUGUACACAUGUCCUCUUCACUUCUUCAGUAAGUGUUGAUAGUUUUGUUCA